AUGGCGGCGCUGUGGGGCGGCGGCGCGGGACAUGCCGGGGCUGGAGGAACCGUCUUGCUGCGAGGGGGCGCGGAACCCGCCGUGGGAAAUGCUUUCCCUUCCACGCAGGUAUCGGUCUGGCUGAGUCCUCUGAAGCGAGGCAGGGAGAUUCCAGCCGCUGGGCCGGCCGCCGAGCACUGGGUGGACACGUGGAAGCGGCGUGGCCGGCGCCGGGAGGUGGCACUGGCCAGCGCGGCUGGGAAAAGCAGAAAGGAAAGAGAAGGUGUGGUGCAGAAGCUUCUUGCUGGGCAAAAGUAUUUACUGGCAGAGAAUUUACACUUGUCAUUGGAGGCAGAAACCAUUCUUGAAGCAGAGGAACGAUCCUUGAAGCUCCUGGGAACGAUGCAAGAUUACUUAGACUCUUCUGUUAUCUCCAUCAUUGAGGAUUUUAGUGGCCUGACUGAGGCAAAAGGUCGUGUGGAUGCAGACAAUGAGCUUUCCUUGUUGACUACAAUCACAGAGAUUCUGGAUAGUACAGAUGAUGAGUCUCUGUCUCCUUUUGACACUAUUCCAGACUCUGAAUUACUGACAUCACUCAAGGAGCCUGAUAAUUCUUCGAUUCCAAGGUGUCUCAGCUUGUCCAGGACACCUCCAAAACAGGACUUUCGCUCCUUAGAAGACUUCCAAGAGCCUAGAAUUUGCAACAUUAUGACUGAGAAGGUUGAAGCCUGUGCUACGGGCCUCCCCUUGGCACUGACUCCAAAUUGUCCCAAAGACAGAGCUGCUUCAAACAAAGCCAGUAGCAAAGGGUCCUGUGGGGAAUGGAGGGUGUUCAGGCACAGAGAGCGAGAUGCUCCUAUACUGCAACGUAGUGAUGGGGAAGAAGAGGAGGAGGAAGAUGUGAUAACUGAUUGUGGGCUGAGUUUUGUAGCAGAUGUGAAUGAAAUCCCUGCGGCAUCAGCAACAAAGGAGGUGAAGACAGAUCUCCCCCCAAGUGAUGAUGGCCCCUACAUCAUUGCCCCGGGGAGAAUCUCCCUCAGUGAACUAGUGAGGUACAUGCAUCCGUACUGCCAGCCUGACUUCACUGUGUGCGUGAGUCCUAAGAGCCAGCCCCUGGCUGAGGCGCUGCCUGCCUGUCCGGUUCCCUUAGAAGUGGUGCCUGAUGGUGGUGAGGGCAUGGAGAUCCCAGCGGUCCUUCAGAGUGUGGAUGCAGAGCUCUCCUGCAGAACCGACAGCAGCAGCACAUCUAGUCAGGCAGAAGAGGCAGACCUCUUGGUCCCUUCCCUGGACAAAGUAUUAUCUACAGACGACAAGAAGACGGCAGACGUGGAAAGAGACCUUGCUUUGGGCAGCCAGGCCAAUGGAGUAGGCACGGCAGUCCUCCAAAGAAAGGAAGAUGCUCAUCUGGGGCCAGAGGAAGAAACUGUGGGAUCAACGAAUGAUCACGAGAGCAGAUCUCAGCACGGCCCAGGAGCACCACCAAGAGACAUAAAGCUCAGUGCCUCAGAGACAGACAAGAGAAGUGGCAAUACCAGGAAGAAAUACAGCAAAGAGAAAAGGAGGUGCAAGGAGGCCAGGAAUGGCAGGCCUCCAAAGCGGGCCGGCGCUAAGCCAAGCAGUGAUGAGAAGCAGAUGGAGAAAUCUGGGAGGAGAGGUGAGCCUGGGCCUUCCCCAGCUCAAUCAUCCCAUGCAGAAGAGAGGCAGGGCCCUGUAGAGGAGGAGGAAUUGGUCGAGCAUGGGGCAGAGCGGGAGCCCCAAAACCCACUGAUGCCAGGCUCGGAGAGUGCAGAGGCCUUGCCACGCACAGAGGAACGCCCAUCCACUCAGUACCAGGGGGACGCAGAUGCAUGGCCUGCAGACCAGAAGGGGUUGCAGGAACCCAAACUUGGGAGCAAGCCCCUUUCGACCACAAAUGAGGUGGCUGGCCGAGAUGCCUCCCCUUUGCUCCCUGGCAGCAUUGUGGGCACCGCAGGGCAGCCUCCCACCAAUGAUCUCAGCAGCAAGGAAGCCAGCUGCCCCCUCAAGGAGGCAAAGCCCAGGCCUCUCAGCUUGAGUGAAUACCGGCAGCGCAGAAAGCAGUGCCAGCCCAGUGGCGAGGGCACGAGUGGCACCGCAGAGAAGCAGAGGUCCAGCAAGUGGCCCAGUCUGCCCGAGCCCCCCAUGGAACUGGCUGACCUUCCUUGCCUGUUGGUGCCUCCACCCCCUCCCAAACCUCCGGUGCCUGGGCCGGGAAAGGAGCCUGAGAAGCCUGCCGGCACUACCGCUACCCCUGCUCCUGCUAGCAAAGGGACUGCCAUUCGCCCCUCUGUGCAAACCACAGCUGCACCAGUUCUUACUCCUUGUUCCAAGAAUGGCACCGUGAGCACGACUUCUCUUCCGGCACCUGCUCCAGUUGUCCCUUCACAACCUAGUAAAGCAGGUGCCUUUCCCCCUGUUGGGGCUCAGGUGCCGCCGAUCCCGCCCCCAGCAUACCUCCCAUCAGCCCCUGGAGCUUUCCUACCAGCCCCUCCCAACUCCUGCAUCUUUGGUGCACCACCACCAGUGCCUCCCUGGGCUCUUUUCCCUCCUCCGCUGGCUGGUUACAAAAGUCUGCCACCUUCAUCUUCAGUCACUGAAGUUUCCCCCGCUGCCUUCCACUCAGUUCCUUCGGUGCCCCCUCCCACAUGGCCUCCCCCACCUGUCCCCUUGCCCUCUUUUGGCCCAGGGCUUCCUUACAGCUCCAUUGAGUGGCCGGCAGGUCCACCGCCACCUUACUGGCCUGGUAUCCCAGUCCCGCCUCCGAUGUUGCCCGUCCCUUAUGGGGAUCGAGGAGUCCACAUGCAGAACCCCCAGGUUGGUGCCUUCCGGACCCCACCCUUCUCUGAAGGGACCCCUGGCUGGCAGAGCACAGCUCCCCCACUGGACUCCUCUCACUUCAGAAUGCAAAACUUGGCAGCCACCGAGAAGGCAGGCACCCCUGCCCAGCUACCCUGGGUUGAACCCCCUUCUACAGCUAAAAUUGCCUCCAGAAGGAUUUCUGACCCGAGAUGGCAAGUGCAGCCUUCUGGAGCUGAGUCUAAAGCAGAGGUGACUCCUGGAAAAUCUCAGCUUUUGGGGAAGCUGCUUCCCCCUACGCCAGUGGCUGAGCCUUUGGGGAAACCAGCACUGACUCAGCCUGUCAGGAAGAGCUCCCUUCCGCAAUCCUCAGGGGAGCCCCAUUCCAUGCUUCCUCCCCAGCGAGUCAAGGACUCCGUUGCCAUACUGAAAUCUUCAGAAGAGCCCUCCUCUGCUGAGCCUGUGGAGAAGGCCUAUACUGUACCAGCCGCAGUCCAAAGUGCCAAAGAGACCCCUCCUGCCGGCCAGUCUCAAGAGGAACUUCCUCUUCCAGCUACUUUGGCACCAGAAAAGUUAACAGUGCCAGCUGCAGUGGAGUCGGAUGCUAAGGAAGCUGCCUCUGUAGAUCCCAGCUCCCCAGUAACAGCGUGGCCCCAGAAGGUGCAGGAAACUGGCCCACUUUCCAAGACACCCGCCCAUAUGUUGAAGCAAGAGCCUCUCGUCAGUGUUGUAGAGUGCAGCCGCAAUAAGGACAUCGUUCAGGAGUUUAUCACUGAGAUUGGAAUUGAGGCCUCUGACCUGUCCAGCCUAUUAGAGCAGUUUGAAAAAAUAGAAGCCAAAGAGGGAACUUCUGGUGUGGUGAAAUCCAAGGGAGGUAUUGCUGCAGGGAACAGUGGCUCUGAAGUACAGCAGGAAAAGAAGAUACUGGAUCGGCUUCAGGCUCCAGAGCUCACCAACAUUGCAGGCCUGACCCCUCCAGCCACCCCACCACACCAGCUGUGGAAGCCUCUAGCAGCUGUCUCACUUCUGGGCAAAGCUGGGUCCCCCAAAGGUUCCAGGCUUGCAAAAUCCCUAAGCAAGCCUCACAGAAAAGCAGCCCCUCUUCACGUGGGCUCCGGUGAGCAUGACUACUGCCAGCUCAGUGCUGCCCCGCUAAAGGGCGGCUCCCGAUGGAAUGUCAAACGGAACACCGAUAUCACUAUCAAGCCCAUCAAACCCUUGACGAAAAAAGAGCCGGAUCAGCCUGCUGCAAAUCAGCCCCUUCCUCCUGCUGCCGCCGCCACCGCUGCUGCCACCAGAAGGAACCCUGUGGGCACCGACAGCCUGGUUGCUGCCUGCCAGAAUCCCAAAGAGGCCCUUGGCCCUGUUAAUGCUUGUCAGAACCAGGCCCAAAUCUUUAGCCGUGCCGCAGCUAGCUCAAGCCCUGGCAGGUCAGUGUCUCUGCUGUUAGAGAGCACGCUUCCAGGGCCGCAUACAGAGCCACUGGACCACCGGACUAGUACACCGAGGUCCAUGACGAGGGUCAGCGAAGAUCCAUGUUCUGUACUGCUGUCCCCAGCUGCAUCCCCGUGCCGGGAUACAGAAGAGCCAGUGUCGCAACAACCUCAGGACGUUCAGCAGAAGCACUUGGCUUCCAAACGCUCCCUGCGAUGCUACCGGAGCAGACAGAAGUCAGCCAGCCCCCAAAAGAGGAGCUGGAGAGGCCGCCGAAACCGUGCCAGCCGGUCCUUCAGCUCCAGUUCUGAUGGUGACAGUGAUGACUCCUCCUCCUCCUCUUCCUCCUCCUCCUCCUCCUCCUCAUCAAGGUCUCUGUCUCCCCCAUCAAAACGCUGGCGAAGAAGCCGCUCAAGAAGCUCCUGCUCCUCUUCUAGUGCAUGGAGCCGGUCAAGGAGCCGGUCCCGGAGUUCCUCCUGUUUAUCAAGGUCAUCUUUGCGCUCUCUAUCUCCGCCCAGGAGGAGGACCUACAGGAAAAGAUAUGACUCCAGCAGUUCUCGAGAUCGCUACCAAAGGCAGAAAAUCAGCAACAAAGAGCGUGCCAUAGAGGAACGCCGUGUUGUCUUCAUUGGGAAGAUCCCUAGCAGGAUGACCCGUUCAGAGCUUCAGCACCGUUUCUCUGUGUUCGGAGACAUUGAGAACUGCACACUGCAUUUCCGAGAACAGGGGGAUAACUAUGGUUUUGUGACAUACCGUUAUGCUGAGGAGGCCUUUGCUGCCAUAGAGGGUGGACAUGCACUGCAUCACCCUGAUGAGCAGCCCUUCGACUUGUGCUUUGGAGGGCGUCGGCAGUUUUGCAAAAGGAGCUAUGCUGACUUGGACUCGAACAUAGAAGACUUCGAGCCUGCCGCUGUGAAGAACAAGUUUGACUCCCUUGACUUUGACACCUUACUAAAGCAGGCUCAGCAGAGUCUGCGGAGGUAACGCUGGCUCUCUCGGGCUCAGUGUGCCCGGUAGGCAUCUGCCUACACCAGCCUUACCUCAGACAGGCUGCAGGGGCUGGCGCCCCCCCAGCCUAGCUGCUAUGUCCAGCAUGGUUUUGUAAUGAAAUGAAAAAAAAAACCCACAAACAAUUUUUAUCUUGAUUUGUUUUUCUAGGGACUAUUUAAGGGGAAGGACAUUUUUGCUUUAACGGUGGGGUUGGGGAUGGAAUAACGACACCCAGCCACCUUCUUCCCACUUACUCGCUAUGCAGUCAAUAAACAUCCACCAUAGA